CUAAAAUAACAUCAUUAUCACUGCUCACUCCACACUAUACACCAGCCCUCUGACAGUGUUGUUACAGUAUUGUAAUUAGCAUCAACUGGGUGGAGCAUGUUUAAAGUCAAAGGAUGACUGAUUAAUGGAUAACCUGUGUACACUAAAUACUUCGCACUGCAUGACUGAAAACAUGCACUGAAAGCUUGAGGUCACACCUUUGACAGGUGAUACAGAAGUAAAGGUUAAGUGCAGGAACGUUACAAGAAAUGUUCACUUCAGAACCAUGUCAGAGGAGGUAUCCUAAUGUUAAAAUAAUUUGAAUAUUCUGUUUCUUUUUUCUGUCUCUCUUUCUGUCUCUGUUGUCUGUCUCUGUGUGGUGAAGGUCACUAUGCAUGCGUAAUCCACUAGCCUUGGUUGUACUAUCUCUCUCUAUGCAAUUAUGGAUUAAUCAUACAAUAUGAUUUUGAUACAAUGAUUAUGUUUGUGUGUUAAUGUUGGUUUAGAAACUGUGAUUACUUUAAAUACAUAUAUUCAAUUUGCUUAAACUGAUUAAGACACAAAGAAUAUAUUGUAUGUUUCAUAUUUUAGAUUUUAGAAUACAUGUUUACGUUACAAAAUCUAUGUCUCCAAUUAUAUCUCUGUAAGACAUAACAAGGCAGAAUGUUUGUGUUAACAAGUUUGUUAGCAGGUCAGGACACUUGACACAGGACUUGAUGUACCGGGCAGAAGAUUGCUGCCCGCUGACAUGACGUGUCCCUGUAUUGAUUAAAACUGACGAAUCGGCGUAUCAAGGAGGCGGCACUUCCUGGAAGAAAUAUAUCUUCAUUUUUGAGUAAACCAAUGUUAGUAUUUAAGGAGUUUGAGGGAAAUGAGACGGGUCCAGACUUCAUGACCUGAGACCUGUCUCCUGUGUAACAGGGAAGUGUAAAGUGAACCCAGAGCUCAUUUCUUGACGUAUUGUAAUAAACUUAUGUUAAAAUGAGAACUUGGACAUCUCCUGCUCAUCAUUCCCCAUCAAAUGAUCUGCGCAGAGAAAUAGCAAUGGCGGCUCCCAUGUCCUGGAGGAGGCUGGUGUACUCCGUGUACUCACCGGCCAUCGCCGGGGUGUUCACCCGAAUAUCUGACCGGCUUUUUCGCGCCCGGGACCGGAGAGGAGGGUCCUCAGUGCUGCUGCUGGCCCCCCUCCUGGCUGAAGCCGACCCGGCCCCCCGACACGUCUCCAGGCCCACCGGGUCAGCUGGUGCUCAGGGCACAGACGGCCUCUGCAGCCACUUCCGAUGGAUGGCGGAGCACGUACCCGCCUUCAGGGUGCCGGGCGCCCACAUCCACAUCCUCACCUCCCCGGACCAGUUCUACCAGACGAUGAAGGCACGUAUCAAGACGGCGAAGAGGCGAGUGGUGAUGGCUUCGCUGUAUCUGGGAACAGGUCAGCUGGAGCAGGAGCUGGUGGACUGUAUGGAGGAAGCUCUGCAGCGCUCACAGGACAGCGACUCUCCGGACCUAAAAGUCUCCGUGUUGCUGGACUACACUCGCGGCUCACGAGGACAGAUAAACUCUAGGACCAUGCUGCUGCCGUUGUUGCAGCGCUUCACCUCUCAGAUGAGGGUUUCUCUGUACCACACGCCGGACCUGAGGGGGCUGCUGCGGCUGCUGGUCCCUCAGCGAUUCAACGAGACCAUCGGAGUCCAGCACAUCAAAGUCUACCUGUUUGACGACAGCAUCAUCAUCAGCGGGGCCAACCUGAGCGACUCGUACUUCAGCAACAGACAGGACCGCUACGUGCUGCUGGACAACUGCAGGGAGGUCGCCAACUUCUUCUCCGACCUGGUCGAGGCCGUAGGAGAUGUUUCCCUGCAGCUGCAGCCUGACGACUCCGUCAGCAUGCUGGAGGGCAUGGUGCACCCGUACAAAGGCAACAGGCAGGACUUCUCGGCGGCAGCGAGGGAUCGGAUCAUGGAGGUGGUGAACACGGCCCACGUGAGGCAGCAGCUGCUGAACGCGUCAGAGGACUCUGAGGACGAGGGCAUGAGCGAGGGCGAGGAGGACACCUGGGUGUUCCCUCUGGUGCAGAUGAAACCUCUGGGGAUCCGGGUGGACGAGCAGAUCACACAGCGCCUGCUGACAGACGCCGGGCCGGACUCCACUGUGUUUCUAACAUCGGGUUACUUCAACCUGACCCGGGCCUACAUGGGGCUGGUGCUCGGCGCCGGAGCCAGCUACCGCAUCCUCACCGCCUCGCCCGAGGUCAACGGGUUCUUUGGAGCCAAGGGCGUCGCCGGAGCCAUCCCGGCAGCUUACAUCCACAUCGCCAGACAGUUUUACAACCAGGUGUGCCGGCUGGGCCAGCAGGAGAGAGUCCACCUGCACGAGUACCACCGGUCACAGUGGACCUUCCACGCCAAAGGUCUGUGGUAUUACCUCCAGGGGCAGGAUCGGCCUUGCCUCACUCUAAUUGGCUCCCCUAAUUUCGGUUACCGCUCAGUUCACCGUGACUUGGAGGCCCAAAUAGCCAUAGUAACGGAGAACGAGGAGCUGCAGAGCCAGCUGCAGGAGGAGCAGGAGAUGUUGUACCAGCGCUCCAGUGAGGUGUCCAACUCCACGUUUGAGCAGCCGGACCGCCACGUCAAGCUGUGGGUGAAACUCGUCACGCCGCUCAUCAAGAACUUCUUCUGAGGCGCCACCAGCGGGCUUCGGUUUGCUUCGUUCCUGAGGUUGAAGGUCUCGUUGGAGGUCGGAGCGCUCUGCAGACGGGACAUUCGAGUGUCUCCGGCACGCUGGGAAUCUUCAGCUUCACCUUCUGUUCGACCCUCGACGUGUCGACACACUGAGAGGAUGUUUGUGUUGAAUUCAGCCGGUAAAUCCUCUUUGUUCCUCAUUUAAACUCCAGUUCCUGUGGUUUACCUGCACAGCUGUUACUCUGUUAGAUUUUUUAAAAACCUGAUGUCAUCAUAUUGUGAAUUUCUUUUCUGUUUUUUUAUAGUAUUACUGAGUACAAACAUUUCAAACUUCUACUACUGAACAUACAUCUCUACAGAUACAUGCUGCAUGUAUAACAUGGUGAUAGUUACAACACUGUGAUGUUGAAGAAUUACAGUCUUUUGAAGAGCCUUAAUUUCAGUUUUUAAGAGUUUACAGCUGUAAUCAAAGCUAACUGUACAGUGUCCAUGUGUUAUUAUAUUUGUAAAUUAAAGGACGAGGUGAUGAGUUUUUUAAACGA